GGGCGGGGAGCGCGGGGAGUCCGGGCCGAUCCGGGCCCUUAAAGCAUCUCGCCCUCCCCCGCCGACCCCGGGCGCCUGCCGCCUCACUCCAGAGCCGCGGCCGCAGCAGUUCAUGCUCCACGUUGGUUACAUCAAAGUGCUCUCUCCUCUUUGGACCGUUUUCAGGAACUGACAUCAGUUUUCAUAUAGCUUAAGCUUAAAAAGCAAGGGGAGAGGCAAAGCACAGAGAGCUGCAGAUCAGACCUUCCUGAGCCUCCCUGCCUGGAGCAGCUGAGACCUCUGGAGAAUGCUGGCUGCCAGGCCCUCCCUCUGAGGUGGGAAGGCUGGUGUCCAUGGGACAGCUCCCUGGCUCCUGGGUCCACCAUGGCCUCCAUCCUUUGACUGGACAGCUGACGUGACCAGUGCCCCCAGCGUGUGUACUGCUGGACUGGGUGCCGUGUCAGGUACCACCUGCUCUCGGGCUGGGAGCCAGGCUGGUCAGCAUCAGAUGCUUCCAGAAGCCAGACAGCAGCAGAUGGCCUCAAGCAAACUGAGAUGGAGGUGACCUGAGGCCUCCUGGAUGCUCCUGGGGACAGGACAGCUGAGGAGCUGGAGCCAGGCCUGCUGGGGAGCAGUAUGCAGGAAGCUGGCUCUCAGGCCACGAAUGCUUUCACAGAGUGCAAAUUCACCUGCACCAGCGGGCAGUGCUUGUAUCUGGGUUCCCUGGUCUGUAACCAGCAGAAUGACUGUGGGGACAACAGUGACGAAGAAAACUGCCUCCUGGUGACGGAGCACCCGCCUCCGGGCAUCUUCAGCUCGGAACUGGAGUUCGCCCAGGUGGUGGUGGUGGUGGUGGUGGUCACAGUGAUGGUCGUGGUCAUCUUCUGCCUGCUGAACCACUACAGAGCAUCCACCCGGUCCUUCAUCCACCGCCCGGGGCAGGGCCAGAGGCAGGAGGACAGGCCGCAGCUGGAAGGGUGCCUGUGGCCUUCAGACGGCUCUGAACCUCGGCCUACCUCAGAGACCAUGUAUGCCCCGCGGUCCAGGGAUGGGGUGACUGCCCCACCUUUUCUCCAGAGGGAUCGGUUCAGCCGCUUCCAGCCCACCUACCCCUACGUGCAGCACGAGAUUGACCUUCCCCCCACCAUCUCCCUGUCAGAUGGGGAGGAGCCACCUCCUUACCAGGGGCCCUGCACCCUGCAGCUCCGGGACCCUGAACAGCAGAUGGAACUCAACCGAGAGUCAGUGCGGCCACCGCCCAACCGAACUGUUUUUGACAGCGACUUGAUAGGCGUAUCCGUGUACAGUGGGGGCCCGUGCCCACCCAGCAGCAAUUCAGGCAUCAGUGCCAGCACCUGCAGUAGUACUGGGAGGAUGGCGGGGCCGCCCCCGGCCUACAGUGAGGCGAUGGGCCACUACCCAGGUGCCACUCCCUCUCACCCCCAGCACAGCGGCGCACACAGGGGGAGCAGACUGCUGCUCCAGCGGGAAGCCCGGAGCACGGAGCUGCCCGUCCAGGGCACGGACAGGAAGCCCAGGGAGUGCACCUGACCUGCGAGCACACCUGAUGUGAGAAAAGAAAUGGAGUCGCAGCACAGCAGAAUUCAGUAAAACAGAACAAUUCUUUUCAGGGGAGCCACACGCAGAAGGGAAUAGUGUAAACCUCCAGUCUGGCCACAACAGUAUUCAUCUGCGGCAGAGACAGGACAGGGCUGGUUUUGGCGAAGUGUGGGCAUGAGAACACAAAAGGGUGCUUUGAAGACACCAUAAAAUAAAACCCAUGAGGCGUUUGACUUUAAUGUGAAAGCAGAGGCCAGAAUGCCUGUUUUACAAUUAACCGAAUACAGAGGAAAAUGUUAUACGUUAUGGGGAAGACUCGCUAGUUUGCUUUCCCCCCGAACUGUGGAACUUUUGUUUUAAAAAUAUGAUUUUAAGUUUCUGCUUUGUGUGCCAAGGUAUAAAGUGAAGUCAGAUGAAUGCAAGGAGUUAAAUCUGUGUUGUGAUGCUGUGUUUUUAAAAAUUGCACUAUCUUCACUGUUUAACAUGAGGAAGCUUUAUGUGAAGUCCUGUAUGUUGUUUUCUCACCUGUGCAUCAUUAUUAGGCCCCAUAAUAAUGUUCCCCCCAUCAUUGUGCAGGAAAGGGUGUUUGGGGAGGUAGCCUAACAUACUGCUAACUUACACUGGUGAAGAGAGUCAUCACAGGGCAUGCAUCACCAGGGCACCUGCAGACUGGAUGGAGCAGAGGAAACGCCCGCAUCCCUGGUGUGUCGAGUCCCUCCAGCCUCAGGCUGUGUGUUUCAUGCCUGCAUUCACACAUCACACAGUGCUGCCCUAGUCCUCCAGCAGGGCAGUUUCUGCAGUAAUUUUUUUUUUUUCACUGUAGCAUGAAAUAUACUCAGAUAAUACACUAUUUUAUGCAAUAAAUUGUUUAAAAUGCAAGGUGGUUAUUUUUAUACUGUUGAAACAUGUGAUUUCAGUGUUUCCUGUGGUCUGUCUUUCCAUGGAUAGUUGAGUUCAGGCCUGGAUGGCUGAUCAUUGAGACUCGGCAGUGGCUCCGAUGUGCUCGCUGCCCUGGUGUUGCCUGACGCUAGCUGCGGGUUCUGUGUGUGCAGAAACUCCUGAGUUGAGGAAGGGAACCAGCCCCAUAUGGGAACCAGUGCCUGGGAGAGAUGCAGGGCUCAGAACCAGCCAUGCUUCUGGGUCACUCAGGCUCUCCUGGAGACCAGAGCUGGGCGGGGAGUGACUCAGAGCCUUGGGUGAAAAUGAAAAGCACAACCUGCAGCUAAACUCAGCCAGAAGACUUAAAUCUUGUAACAUUCAUCCUCUAACACAGUAAGUUCCUUCUGCAGAGCAUCUGCCUUUCCUGCACCCAGGUGGGGGCUUCUGUGCAGCCCCUACCUGGUCUCGCAGGGUAUCUGACCUGCAGGUCCAAGUGUCCACUCAGUUCUGAGUGUUGUCGUCUUGGGUAUGGUUGUCUGGCAAGGUGCCCUUGUGCCGCUGGCAGAGCACUGUCAACCUCAGGUCCUGUCUGCUGCCCUUUCUGAGGCCCUUCUUGGCCGGUAAGUCCCAGGUUUUGUCUGGAGGAUUGGAAUCCUCAUCCACUUCACAGUGACAUCCACACAAGUAGUUGGUCUAUCUUAGGAGAAAAUAGUCAGCGGUUGUCACUCAUGCUUCAGAUCCUGUUGGGCAGUGUGCCUGCUGAGGACCACAGUGGGAGCUCUAGGACAGGCAGAGCUCUGGGGGACCUGACCAGGGGACCCCUUCAUCCCCCUACGA